ACAGCGCCACCGAGAGGCCGAGGCGCAGAAAGGCUGAGGGAGCUGGGCUGGUCAGCGGGCUUGCCGGAGAGCCUCUCCUGCGCUCAUCGUACUCUUCCUUAUACAUCCAUAGCUGUCUAUCGGACGCCGUGUCCAUCCGGCAGCUGCACGCCUGUUUUUGACAUGGACUGAUCCAGAUGUGAGUUUAACCCAGGGUACAGGUGCAUCCAUAUAAAGUAGUCACGUUGGUCAAAAGUUUCUUCAGCCGUACAGGCCUCUGGGUUUUGGCGUGAGGGCGGCUCUUAUGAGUAAUUCUUUUGGAGGAUGCCUGGAAUUCUCGUGAUGCACUAAGGGUCAAAGGUGACCCCUGGACGCAGAUAUGAGUCUGACAUCCUGGUUUUUGGUGAGCAGCGGUGGGACGCGCCAUCGCCUUCCCCGGGAGAUGAUCUUCGUGGGGAGGGACGACUGUGAGCUCAUGUUGCAGUCCCGCAGCGUGGACAAACAGCACGCUGUCAUCAACUAUGAGCCAAACGCAGAUGAGCAUAAAGUAAAGGACUUGGGCAGCUUAAAUGGGACUUUUGUCAACGACAUCAGAAUACAGGAGCAAGUCUACGUCACGCUUAAAACCGAUGACAGACUGAGGUUUGGAUACGAUACCAACCUGUUCACCGUGGUUCAAGGGGAGCUGCAUAUUCCCGAGGAGGCCCUGAAGCACGAGAAACUGAGCAGCCAGCUUCAGAUGAUCCAGAAGAAACCCGCAGAGCCAGAAUCACCUAGAUGUGUGGUGAAGCCCCCAGAGGCAGCAUUGGCAUCAGCUUCAGACGGGGCCACGGCUAAACCGCCAGAGUCCAGCAGGACAGAGGAUAAGACCGCAGGAGACACAGCAGUGUUACACAGGGGCACGCCCCUUUACGGGCAGCCAGCUUGGUGGGGAGAUGGAGACGCUGAUGAUCAGCAUUCUGGAAAACCAGAGGAAAAGUCAUCCGACAGGAAGAAAGAAAAGACAGAAAUAGAUGCCAAGAAAAGUUCAGAGAUCCCAAAGUCUUCACCUCAAACAGCCUCCAAUCAAGAGCCUAGUUACUUCGAAAUCCCAACUAAGGAUGCUCCCACGGCAGCUAAAACGAGUGGCGAGCUUCCUUCACAAGAACAAGAGAACAGCGCCGCGGUUGUUGACGUGGAGCCCAUCCACGGCCACGCCUCGUUCACUAUCGAGUUCGACCCCGGGGCGUCGGGCAAAGUGACGGUCAAGGAUCGAGUCGCGAAGGUGGGCCCGGAGACCCGCCCCCGCCCAAAAAGGGCUGCCGGGGAAGAGCUGAGCCCACUUCAGACCGCCAUGGUGGCAGCGGAGGUUAAAGUUGCCGACUGGCUGGCUCAGAACGAGCUGCCGUUGGCUCUGAAAGAGACAGUGGCAGAGGAUGACGGAGAGAGUGUGAAGAGCGACGUUCCUGUACAUCUCAGGAGUCUUAAAGGCAGUAAACACGAGGACGGCACUCAGAGCGAUUCAGAGAACGCUCUUGGAGAGCAGCGCAGGGCUGCAGCACUGGAGGAGCGCUCGUGGGGACUUUGGGGCAGCGCCGGCAUCAAGGAAGGUCGCGCAAACGUACCAGAGGGCCUGUUUGCCGAAGAGGACAGUCCCGCACGCCGUGUCAAGUCUUCAGCGUCCAAAAGGCAGAGCGGGUUGGUGGAGAGGCGACGUGGCUCAGCCCCACAUCAGCAGAGUUGCCGUGACGAGUGCUACCGACACCGGGAGGAAUAUAGUGACAGGGGGACUUACACCAUCGAGCUGGAGAACGGGGACCACGAGGAGGAAGAGGCGAGGAAACUGAUUGACAAGGUAAAGCUUAGAUGUCUUUCUGUUCAGAUCACAAAACUUAUUUUCAUUCUUACUUGCAUUUUUCAGGUAUUUGGUGUGGAUGACCAGCGUGUUUCCGGGUUGGGAGGGAAUGACCAAAGAGAGAGGCUGUCUUCUCAGAGGUCUGGUUCGAGAGAGAGAGGAAAGCCAGGGCGUUUGGAGACAGAGCUCUUGUCUGAAGAGUUGAUGGUGGGUGGUCCUCGCUGGGUGUCACAGUGGGCUACUCUCGCAGCCAGCCACAUUCGGACAGACCCUGAGGGAUCAGGAGGGGACGGUCACAACAUGGUUACAGAGGACAGAGCUGAAACAAGAGAAUCCAGCCACAUAGCCUCUGUGCUCACAGAGCGUAAGAGGAGAACCCUACCCCAGCUACCUGGUGAAGAACCUAUUCUGGGAAGGAGGGCCCCGAGCGGAUGUCUACACACAGAUAUGGGUGAAAAGCAGGAUACAGAGCUUCAGGAGAAGGAGCACCAAGUGGAAAGGCUGUCCAGAGGAAAGAACCAGAGUGGUCACGGCACUGGAGGUGUGGGCAGCCAGAGCGGCAGCCCCAGUCGAUCCUCUCCAGCCAAAUCGCAGGACAGUGGUGGUGGUAAAUCAAGUCAGUCAGGUGUCCUCACCAAGCUCCCUCCCCGUCCACUGACCAGUGGACAGAAGAGGGUGGAGGAGGCACGGAGGAGAAAGAAGGAGGAGGAGAAGGCUAGGGAGAGUGCUGGUAAACCAUUACUGAGGCAGGAGAGUUUCACUGUGGAGAAACCAAGCUCCAGUGUUCCUAUAGAACUUAUACCACGUAUCGAUGCCUACACAGGCACCAAAACCCAGAGUAGGGAAGGCAUAGACACCGUCACACUGCAGAAAGACUCAGAAGCUGUGGCAGCUUUCCUAGAGAGCACGGUGUCAGACCAAGGAGAUCCCCCGAGUCAGUCGAUUGAAGGCUCCAUGUCUCCAGAGUCAGAUGUGGACACGACAAGCACAGUUAGCCAAGCUGAUGGCGUUAGAAAGGUAGUUCAGAAACGGCGUAUCCUAGCAGGGCAGCAGAAAGAGAGAACGGUGGUUUGCACGUACAACAAGGGCCCUGCUGGGAGCAGAGAGCCUCAGGACAGGAGAGGGAAGAACAGAACAUCUGGCCAUCAACAGCCAAGUCACCCCUCGACCUCCCUGGACCUCACUGACGACGACAUCAACUCCAACUCACUCCUUUCUGACUCACAGCCUAUCUCCACACAAGAAUCCAGGGGCUCACACCCUAGAGCCCAAACAGUUGGGGCCAGCACUAAGUCUAGCCGGGCUAAGAUUGCACCGGCCUCAGCUCCCUCUGCCCCAACAAAAACCAUCAAUGUUCCCAAGCCAAGACCGACUCGGACAUCCCUGCUGAGGCGAGCCCGGGUGGGGGAUUCAUCGGACACCGAACUUGCUGAUAUGGACUGGAUGUCAGUGGCGUCUGAGGCGUCAACUGCGAGUUCCACAUCCAGGACCGGGAUAGCAAGAAGGGGAAUGUCUAGAAUAGAGGCUUUAGCACAGCCAAGGAGGCCAAGGGUGGGGUCUCCGUCUGCCCAAAGCGAUUCGGAGGCCACGUUGGGAAAAAGCCGAGGUCUGGGUGCUCGAAGUACAGCAGGUGAUUAUGCGCUCAGACAAGGAUUGAGAGGUUCAAAUGUGGCUCCACUGUCCGGACCAAGAGCCAGAGCUAACAGCGCUUCCAAGCUGCCCGAUAAAACUAAAGGAACUUCAUCGUACGGGCAUACUGGACCUGCAUCUGGAACUCGGUGGCGCCGUGUUCCCGUGGAGUAUGCGUCCACCUCGGAGGAUGAGUACGGCUCAAACCGCCACAUAUCCAAGCAGGGGCACGCGAAGCCUUUCCCUUCCACCCGAGUGGCCCAGUUAGGGGGCUCAGCUCCAGCAACACCCAACCCUGCGGGCCUGUCCAGCUUAAAGCAGGAUUCCAGGGACCAGGAUGAGUACAUGAGAGACUGGACAGCGCACAGUGAAGAAAUUGCCAGAAUCAGCCAGGAUUUAGCAAAAGACUUAGCCAUGCUGGCUCAAGAGAUUCAUGAUGUGGCUGGAGAGAUCGACUCGGUCAGCCCGGCAGCACCUGAUCCUGGAGCGCUGUUGGAGGAGUCUGCAGAGCAGAGCAGGAUUCUGGCAGCGGACGGGCGAACUGUAGCGCUUCGAAAACGGAGCUCAAACGAACAGAGCUCUCGCUCCAUCCGUCGCCAGACCUGGAAUAGAGACGAUCUAUACCUUGACAACGUGCUGCUGGCUUCUGUGACUCAACUUUCGACCAGAAUACGGCAGUCCGUGGACAAAACUACCUGCAAAGUUAGGAUCCUCUUCAAGGAUAAGGAACGAAAAUGGGAUGAGAUUGAGACGAAACUGCAGGCACAACAUGACUCCUUGGUUCUCAAGAGCUCCAACAAGGAGAUUUCAACGAUUAUUCAAGACCUGAAGAGGGUGGAGAAGCAACUUUCAGCUAUUGAUAUGAUGGUGGACCCAGAUGGCACUCUGGACGCCCUUUCCAGCUUGGGUCUGACGAGUCCUCUGAGUGACCAGAAGACCGGUCCCGGGACUCUGCAGGGGGCGCCGGCGUUGCAUUCCGGAGCAGAGACAAAGACAUCCAGCACAAUGUCAACACCCAGAGUUGACGGAUUUUCUGGCAAACCCCGUGGAUCCUCAGAGCAUACAGAAGAGACAACGCAAGACCCUCACAAGGGUGUUACAUCCUAAAGUAAAUAAUAUCCAACGAUUCUUUUAUAUAAGACCUGACAGGACACCCUUGGAAGGGACUUCGGUGUGGGGUUUAGUUAUUUCGGUGGCUUUUUUUCUCUCACUGAGGAUAUAGGGAGGUGAGGGAAUGUUUUGUCGAGGUAAGGUCUGUUGACUGUGUUGUCAAAUGUGUCGUUUUGGGUCUGCAGACCAUCGGAGAGACUAAAGUAUUUACAAUGAGCCAUGUGUUUUUGUGUUGCAGCUCAUUUUCAUCAAAUAUCCUUCUAGAAUUUGUUGGGGGAGAAAACUAUGGUUGUCUUAGACUUUAAUAAAGGUGACCUCAAAUCCAUUUUACGGACACAAUAGCAAGGCAGACACAGAAUCCUAAUUUAAAGGGCACAUAUCAUCGUUUUUUUACCACUUAUGCGCUACUUCUCCCUUUCGGUUGCGUUCAUGCUUGUAGCUGUUCAUAAUUAUACAGAUUUCCAGGACCAAAAUCAAGAAAUGUUAUAAAGAAAAAAGUGUGAAAAGAAAGGCCAGUGUAGCUAAAAGGUGUUGAAGAGAGAUGAUGUUACAGUUUGACUGUGACCAGAGAGUCAAUGUGCAGCCAAGACAAAACUUGUGAUCCUAAUAUCUCCUGCUGAAAAUUAAGUUUAUAAAGAGGAAACCUAUUUUUGAGUGUCAGGUAAUGAGAAAUUAUGUCUGAGAGGAGUAUCUUGGAGACCUAGCAAACCAGCAACCUGUAGAGGGAAUAAAAGCAGCCUGUUGCAAGUCCAUUCUGCCUGAGAUUCACCACAGUGGAAGGUGAGUGGUGGGACCAAAUACUAAAAUUUGAAACACUAAAACUGUGGCAGCAUUCAGAGAGACCUUUUAACUGAUCCUUGUUACUCCCACACUUCCCUUUCUCCUACCAACUGUGUUACAAGAAUAACCUACUGUACUUUACAUUAGUGCGCAAGUCUCUGUAUUGUGUGUACUCAAUUGGUCUAUGUUUUACUGGUGUGUGUUUAACUGCACCAUAGUAACGUAGCUGUCAAAGCAGUAUUCCAAGAACAUCCAAAGCCUGCCUUAAAAUGUCAGUGCAAGCUCAUGCUACAUGUGGUGGAUGGAAGGAAACUUAAAGUACUUCUAACUACUCAGAUGGCAGCUGCUGUCAAAAAGCCUUCCCUUCAUUUGGCCCAGAUCCAAAGAAUAAAGUUUGUUACAUUUGUUUCAUUUCCAAUAAGAAAGUGAAACAAUUGCCCCUGCCGCUUUUCUGCCAAAGUGGCAGAAAAGUCUUAGCCUGUCAUUUCUACCCUUUACUAUACUAGGUAUUUAUUAAACAUACAAAAAAAAUCUGUUUUUUUUUUUUGUUAUAAAUCAAGAUUUACAAAUUAUACCUCCCUUAUGUAGGGAGGAAGCAUUUUUGUUUCUUCAGUAGAAACUUAAAUCGUUGCAGAGUAUCACAUGUUUUCUAUUUAUCAUCAAACAAAUUCAACACAUUAACUCCGGUAACUGAUACACAUCUUUUUUUAACAUUUGUUUUAUUUCUUGCUUUAAAAACAUAUGGCUUCCUCUAAAUUUAUUCUUUUUUUUUCUCUGAUUUCAAACAUUUGGAUGGUAUCUGUAAGGGUUUUGUUUAUAACUUUAACUACCAGCAUCAAGUUAAUUGGUUGAGCUAGGCAGAUACUGUAAUGAUUUAAUGCAAUCUGUGAGCAUGAUUAGAUGUUUGAUAUUGAAAAAGCACGAACACAAAGUGGAAAAACGCUGUAAAAGACAGCAUUUUCAUACCUAAUAAAUGUUAUGCUACAAACAGCUGCAGUUUCCUCAGUGGUCUGGCUGCUGACUCCCUGCUUUAAUGACUACUGUAUAGAUGAUUUGUUGCAAAAGUGCUUACUCCAUAAUUGUUCUGUUUCCAAUAAGAGAUCACACAUAUUUGUGUUAAAAACGUAAUUUUAUUACAAAAAGACAGUCUGUACCCUAUGUGAAAUUGUAUGGCACUGGAAAUGUAGCAUCCAGAUUAUAGGUCAUCAUCCAUAUACAAUACUUACUUGCUAAUUUCAGAGUUGUGGCUUCAAAGGCUUGUUUUGUGGUCAAAAACAUACUGCUUUGAAACACAAUGAAAAGACUAAUUGGAGUAUGUUUUAUGCUUCAUUCUCUGAACAUUUAGUGGUUUCAUGGCUCCAAAGUGUGAUAUUUGCCCUUUAAAGAGAUCUAAUUGUAUCAGAACAGAAACCAAAAGGAAUAUGAGUAAAAUAAGUGUCCUUCUUUGCUGUCAUAGAGUUAUUUAUUUAAAUAAAUAUAAAGGACUUUUCCCUUUUUUCCUCCCCUGUUUAUCGGUCUUACUCUUUGUUUAAUUUACUAUUAAAAAUCUCCAUUACAAUGUUUUGCAUGCAGGCAGUGGCGGCUAAUGCUUAAAAAAAGAAUAAUUGGGUGCGGGGGGCACAAGAGGUCAGGGAUUAUCACACAACAGUAAACUGUACUUGAACAAAAAUCCGACCAUGUGGUAACUUUCUUGCUAUUGGAUUUUUAGGUCUGGUCGGUCCGGUCCAAGUUCCUUUAUCAGCUUUUUUUUCUCCAGCAAAUGCUUUGUGAAAGUAUUAAUUUGCAAAAAAAAAAACAAAAAAAAAAUACUUUUCUUUCACUAUCACCAUUCUCCCCUGUCCUGUCGUUGUAGUCUGACUCUUCCUUUUGCAUUUCUAUGUUUGAGUGACAUUUGCACAGUUUAGCUGCCAGGGGUGUGACUCUGAUUGGCAGGCAUCGUGAAUUAAUCUCAGUAGAUGAAGGAGAAUCUUUAACUAACCAAACAGAGACCAGCAUGAAGUCACAUGGAAGCCAAAAGUGUUAGGACAUAUGUACACAGUCAUCUGUGCGUCGCUCCUCGCCAUGGAAAUGCAUGGUUUAGACAUACACAAAAAUAGCCCUAAAUAAACCCAAAAUUUAACAGGAAUGCUAAAAAAUCAAAAACCAGACACAUUUUGUGAGACAACAGAUGUGAUAAUUUUUACUGUGUAAUUUAUGUUUACUGUGUCCGCACUUUUUUCCUGCAAAUUUGAUGGAGCUGCACCAUAGUGCCCCCUACUGACGAGCCGCCACUGCAUGCAGGGUAUCUGCAGUUACAUCAGAAGCUCUCUUCAUUUGCAUUCUUUGUGCUAAAGUCCUUAAAAUUCAGUGUAUCAGAACAGAACCUGGUUGUUUUUAGAAACUAUAAAAGUCAAAUGUGGCUGAUGGAGAGGAUCUUUCUCUUGCAAACAUUUUUUUUUUUUUUUUUUGUCACAAGUGCCCUGGAUCAAACAAUCAGUGGAGAUGGUAAGAAAUUAAGAGAAGGAGGUGGAGUUUGUGUCUUUGCACGUUUGAAGUGCUGAAAAACUAGUAUUUUUUGUAUUAAUCUUUGCGGGACCAGGACAUGGCGUUCCUAAAUGACACACAUUCACCAUGUUUAUUUCUUUUACCAAAAGCAGGGUUUAACACCGGCUAUCAGGACAUGAACAAUAAACGCAAACAAAAUGUGUUAGAACCAGCAUAGACAGGGGACUAUACCUCCAAGUCCUGCAGCUACAUUUUCCUGUUAAUAAUGCAACCAAACAGUUACCUAUGUAAAGAUUAUAGGCUUUCCGAUGUCUUGCCUCAUACAAAUGUUUACACUUGAAUGUACCCUGAUAAGAACUGCUGAAAUAACAUUUAGUCAAAACAAUUUUAAUAGAGAUGAACCUGAGUGCUCAGCACGCUUUCUCUAUAAUUCUGCAAAUUUGUUUGAGCAUAUGAAGAUGUUUGUUUUUUUAUGUUUUUAUGAUUUUUUUAUGUUGUUGGGUUAAAUGUUGACCUUGCAAUAUAUGUCUUGUUUGUCUCGUUUACAAUAAAAUGCAUGAUCUUCAUGAGCUA